AUGUGUUUCUCUUCCGUCCCAGAAACCAACAUGCAGUCUGAAUCUAACAUUACUGUCCGCGAUGCCAUCAGUGACUCUGAGCCAAAUAUGUACCAGCCGCUGUCUUACCCGCUGAGCUUUCAAGUUUCCCUCACCGGAUUCCUCAUGUUAGAAAUCGUCCUGGGGCUCGGCAGCAACCUCACCGUCUUGGUACUUUACUGUAUGAAAUCCAACUUGAUCAACUCGGUCAGUAAUAUUAUCACGAUGAAUCUUCACGUUCUCGACGUCAUCAUUUGCCUGGGGUGCAUCCCGCUAACCAUCGUCAUCCUCCUGCUCCCGCUGGAGAACAAUUCCGCCCUCAUCUGCUGCUUCCAUGAGGCCUGCGUGUCCUUCGCCAGCGUGUCCACCGCCAUCAACGUCUUCGCCAUCACGCUGGACCGCUACGACAUCUCCGUCAAACCCGCCAACCGGAUCUUGACAAUGGGAAGGGCCAUGAUCCUCAUGACGUUGAUCUGGGCUGUCUCUUUCUUCUCCUUCUUGAUCCCGUUCAUCGAGGUCAACUUCUUCAGCGCCCACAGCGCCAACACUUGGGAGAACAAGACGCUGCUGUGCGUCAGCGCGAACGAGUACCACACCGAGCUGGGCAUGUACUAUCACCUGUUGGUGCAAAUUCCCACCUUCUUCUUCACGGUGGUCGUGAUGCUCAUCACGUACAGCAAAAUACUUCAGGCGCUCAACAUUCGCAUCGGCACCCGGUUUUCCACAGCGCAGAAGAAGAAAGCGAAAAAGAAGACCAUUUCCAUGGCCACCCAACAAGAACCCACCGAGACGCCGCACGCCAGCGGAGGGAGAAAUGUGGUUUUCGGCGUAAGGACUUCCGUUUCAGUUAUCAUCGCUCUACGGCGGGCGGUGAAGAGACACCGGGAGCGCCGCGAACGGCAGAAAAGAGUCUUCCGCAUGUCGCUGUUGAUCAUUUCCACUUUUCUUCUCUGUUGGACACCAAUCACUGUUCUAAACACGAUCAUUUUAUGUUUGGGACCCAGCGACCUUUUGGUAAAGCUGAGGUUGUGCUUCCUGGUUAUGGCCUAUGGGACCACUAUCUUCCACCCUCUCCUGUACGCUUUCACCAGACAGAAGUUUCAAAAAGUUUUGAAAAGCAAAAUGAAGAAACGAGUCGUUUCCAUCGUGGAAGCCGACCCGAUUCCAAACAGUGCUGUAAUACACAACUCCUGGAUCGAGCCCAAGAGAACCAAGGCUAUCACUUUCGAAGACAACGAAGUGAGGCAGAAGUGUUUAGUACCUCAAGUAGUUACGGAUUAGAUUCCCGUAUCCGCUGGAUUAUUUAAAGGGGGGGAGGCGGGGAGUCAAGGAUAAACCACGACUGCCAAAUACGGAGAUUUUUUUUUUUUUAAGGGAGAGAAAAUAUAAGCCAGGCUGUGAUGGUUUGACGUGCGUUUCAAGACAGACCAGAAAUGGC